AUGGAUGAGAACGCUCCUCCACCACCUUCCACCCUGCCUCAGCAACCCUCUAUCACCACCGCCGCUCCUCCAGGCUAUGAACAACCGCCUGUGACUAAUGGUCACUCUAGCUCUGCCAUGGGUCCUCCUGCUCUUCCACCUGUUGUCAUCCCUCAGAACAACAACCCUGUUCCUACCGCAGUCAGCCCUGGCUCUGCCUUGUCUCCAGGAGGCCAGGUGAGAAGGGCUGCACCCGAGCCCAACAAGCGCGCGUUAUAUGUUGGUGGCCUCGAUCCUCGAGUAACCGAAGAUGUUCUGAAGCAGAUCUUCGAGACUACUGGCCAUGUGAUCAGUGUGAAGAUCAUUCCAGACAAGAAUUUCAACUCCAAAGGCUUCAACUAUGGUUUCAUCGAAUACGAUGAUCCCGGCGCCGCUGAUCGUGCUAUGAACACUCUCAAUGGCCGUCGCGUUCACCAAGCCGAGAUCAGGGUCAACUGGGCAUAUCAGUCCAACACUAUCAGCAAAGAAGAUACCUCCAACCACUUUCAUAUCUUCGUCGGUGAUCUGAGCAAUGAAGUCAAUGAUGAAGUCAUGUCCCAGGCCUUUUCUGCGUUUGGUUCCGUUUCUGAGGCUCGAGUCAUGUGGGAUAUGAAGACUGGUCGAUCGCGUGGCUAUGGCUUUGUCGCUUUCCGUGAUCGUGCAGAGGCCGAAAAGGCUUUGGCUGCCAUGGAUGGUGAAUGGCUGGGUAGUCGCGCCAUCCGAUGCAACUGGGCGAAUCAAAAAGGGCAACCUUCCAUCUCUCAGCAACAGGCCAUGGCUGCCAUGGGCAUGACUCCUACCACUCCUUUUGGACAUCAUCAUUUCCCUACUCAAGGCGUGCAAUCUUACGAAAUGGUGGCCAACCAAACCCCCUCCUGGCAGACUACUUGCUAUGUUGGCAAUCUGACGCCCUACACCACCCAAACCGACCUGGUUCCACUAUUCCAGAAUUUCGGCUACGUGGUUGAAACUCGCUUUCAAUCAGAUCGUGGUUUUGCCUUCAUCAAGAUGGACACACAUGAAAAUGCAGCCAUGGCUAUUUGUCAGCUGUCCGGCUACAAUGUGAAUGGCCGGCCCUUGAAAUGCUCUUGGGGCAAGGACCGCCCGCCAACGGGUCAAUUCGAUACCUACUCCCCUCAGACGUCGAUUGGUUCAGCCAACACUCCCAGUGCGUAUAAUCCAGCGUCACCCUAUUUCCCGCAAUACGGUGGGCCAAAUCCCAUCACGCCACAAGGCCCUAGUCCCGGUGGCCGUCCCGGCUGGGAUUCGAACCAUCUCGUCAGCCCAUACGCUCAAAGCCCACAAUCGGCAUUUCCUCACGUGCCUCCUUCGGCUGGUGGAUAUGGACGAGGUCAAAAUGCCCCAGGUGGCCUGUAUCAACCCCAGCCAUCUUUUGGAAACAACUAUCCUGGAUAUCAGACCUGA